UGUAGGUGAAGUGAAGUAGGGCAAUCCAGAAUUCGCCAUUUUUACUUUAGUGAAGGGAGAUUUUAUAUUUGUCAGGCUGGAGGACGAAGAUUUUUUUGAAAAAAGUGUGUCAUUAUAUUUAAUUUCAAGUAGAAAAGACUAUUAUUUGAAAGAAAUUUUAGUAUAAUAGUGUGGUUUUAUUUCUUACUAACGUUUGUAUGUAGUGCUACUUCCCGUCGUAAGAUUGCUCGUUGGUGUGUCGCUUUAGCUAAUUCGAUGGCUAUGAUAUUGAAAUUGUAAUCUAACGUGUCGUUUUGACGUUCUCUAUACGGGAUAAUAUCGAUACACCGAGGCGACGCCGUUAGAAAUGAGCAGGCCUCAAGGCGGACGCAUACAAGUCCCGGAUGACCUUAGAGAGAUCUUACUGGAAUUCACCAUAAGUUACCUUCUGGAGCAGCCGGGAGACGUAAUCAACUACGCGGUCGAGUUCUUCACAAGGUUACAGAACAACAGGACGACAACCAUAGUGCGGGGCCCCACCGCCGGCACGCCCGAUGAGUCCAUAAUAUCAGACGAAGAAGAGCCGCCGGUGGCGCGCUUCAACAACCGCCGCAAGUCGGUGUUCGCGGAGACGUACGACCCCGAGGAGGAUGACUCGGACGAAGGCGCGCCUGCCGUGUUCCCCAAAUCGGAUGCGCAGCGCGCCCGGCUCGCGGAGGCGGUGCGGGGCAUCUUGCUGUUCCGCUCGCUCGACGCACAGCAGAUGCAGCAGGUGCUGGACGCAAUGUUCGAGAAACGCUCAGAGCCCGGCGAGUAUGUAAUCAGGCAGGGCGAUGACGGCGACAAUUUCUAUGUCAUCGAAAACGGCAUGUUUGAUGUACUCGUCACCGGAGAUGAUCGUGUCGAGAAGGUGGUGCACACGUACGAGGGCUCAGGCUCGUUCGGCGAGCUGGCGCUGAUGUACAACAUGCCGCGCGCGGCGUCCGUGCGCGCGCAGUCGGCGGGCGCGCUGUGGGCCAUGGACCGCCACACCUUCCGCCGCAUCCUGCUCAAGAGCGCCUUCAAGAAGCGCAAGCUGUACGAAGAGCUUCUCGACAAAGUGCCCAUGCUGAAGGCGCUUCAGUCGUACGAGCGCGCGAACCUCGCGGACGCGCUCCUGCCGCGCUCCCUCAACGACGGCGAGCUGAUCAUCCGUCAGGGCGACACCGCCGACGGCAUGUACUUCGUGGAAGACGGCUCCGUCAGCAUCCGGAUCACGCGCGACGACGGCAAUGAGCACGAGAUCAAGCGCCUUGCACUGAAUGGUAUAGAAGAGCCGUAUAGUGAAAUCAAAGUAGGCAAGGGCGGCUACUUCGGCGAGCUUGCGCUGGUCACUCACAAGCCGCGCGCCGCGUCCGCUUACGCCGUCGGACCCACCAAGGUGGCAUUCCUGGACGUGGAGACAUUCGAGCGUCUACUCGGCCCGUGCAUGGAGAUAAUGAAGCGCAACAUCGACGACUACGAGGAGCAGCUGGUGAAGUUGUUCGGCGACAAGAGCAACCUCACCGACGUGCGAUGAACGCCGCGCGCACACUACAUUACGUUUCCCUUCCAUAUACCGUAAUCUACUCUUUGGUUUUACGUUUUCAUGUUUUUGGAUAUUGGGAACUGAGAUUAUGCUGGCUUUAUAUUUGUUUUACAUCGAAAAAAAAAACACAGAUCUGAUUUUUUUAUAUAUAUAUAAUAUUAAAUUGUAGUAGAUAGUACAAUGAAAAUACUUUUUAAAAGUAUAUUCUCUUUUUUUUUUUUGAUGACUAAACGUAAAUAGAAAAAAAAAAAAACUAUAUAAAUCAUAGAUUAAUUUAACAGAAAGGCAUAAUCUCAGAACUUCCGCCAAAGUAUGUUUUAUGCUCAAGCGAUCGCUUACUAAAUCGCUAAUAAUUUACUUACUAAUUUAACAGAUACUAAUAUUUUAUGGAGUACAAAUUGAGUAAGGUGAUUAGUUCUCGAAGAAUAUCCUUUGUGAAACAGUGCCAUUUUGAUAAUUAUUUUUCACAUAAUAAUUUAGUGUUUUAGUGUAUUAUUGAUUACGCGUUGAUUGGAAGGCGAAAAGCCGCGCGAACGGGCGAGUACCCAAUAAUAUUGCAUUGAAACGGAAAUACGCUUAUUUUAGAUAGAGAAAUGCCUUAGUAGCUAUGUAAAUAUAAGAUACAGCAGUCCAGGGAUGAGCCAGUACGCUGUGGAACGGCUAUCGCAGAAAAAAAUAGACCAUACACAUAGCUUUAAAUGAAUAUUGCAAAAUUACUGCCAGCCUUAUUAUCAUCAUUAUUAUUAUGCUUUACGUAACCUCCUCAAAAAAAAAACCAACAUGUCUCUGACUAAACGUCUAUGCAUUGUCCUAACAUAAUAUUUAUGUAAAAAAAAGACAUAAACAGCAACCAAGAUUUGGAAGGUCUGUUACACAAGGGGUUUGCUGAUACCCUAGAAAAGUAAAAAAACAUUUACUUCUAUCUACGUCUGACCGCAACUACCAUAGCGUGCUAUUUCAUAUCGCGUGAUAUAUUUUUAAACUAAUAAUUUAGGUAGAUUAUUGUUUCAUCACAAAACAAACAAGCAAUAAAUAAAAUUUGUGAUUGAAACAAAAUUCCCACCUGCGAUAGCCGUCUUUAUAAAAGGGAUAGCCAACAUCCGAAGAAUAUGAUACGUAAUCGCGACUCGUGGAUAAAGGCAUUAGACUUAAAUUUUACCAUAAAAGAUGUUUAAGUAGUGAGAGUUGAAGAUGCAAUGCUAUCAGGCACUCGCGCUGUUCGAUCUUGGGAUAUUCUCAACUUCUAUCGCCAUUACUAAUAACUUAAGACAUUUUCACUUACACCAGCUUUUCUGAAAGAUACAACAUUUUAUAUAACCCGUAGGUAGAGAAUGGAGUACUAUUUUAUUUCCGUGAUUAGAUUAAAUCUACUCACAUUGUAUUUAAAUUUUAUUUAUUUUAAAUUGUUUAAUUAAAUCUAUCGAUUAAUGUAUGUAUAUGGAGAUGUAAUGUGCGGAACAGAUAUUGAAUGCCAAAUUAAAUAAUAGUUACAUUAUUGUAUGUAAUUGUUACAAAUCUGCGAAUUUAAAAUAUCAUUCGGGCGUAUACAAUUGUAAUUGCAGAGUCGAGAAACAUUCAUAUUCGACGUGUAGUUCAGAAACUUUGGUUUACGUCCCGUUAUGUUAUUCUUCAUUCGGCAGACAUGAAAAUAUGAGUGAUUCGACUUUGUAAUGAAAUGAUGGGAAUAAUUUAUGUUACCUUAUAUAAUUGUUUUACAAGAGCUUUUUUUUUAUUUAUAGAGAGUUCCUAUUGUUUUGUUUGCUCUUACAAUUUUAGAUCUGACGUAUGUUAACCGUUGUUUUGUUAGGGAACACGAUAAUCCCGAUGAACAAAUAGCGUGUCUAUUCUGUACUUGUGUACCCUUAUGUAGCCGAGUAAACAAAUUGAUCUAAUGUUUAUGAUUUUAUUUAAUGGAGUCAUAGUUUUGUACAAUUGCGUACAGCAAGCACCAUGUAGCAUGGUAAUUGGUAUUUAGUGUGUGUGUGUCCGUGUGUACGCGUGGUGUGAUUUGACCACCGAUUGCGUUAUAUAGAGUGAGACGAGCAGCCGAGCGCGCCUCCAGCACAUGUUUGACCCUCAGGUAGAACUUUCCAGUAUUAUUUGAAUUAGACAAAUCUACAAUAUUUAUUUGUUAAUCCAGCCAAAGUAGGUGAACGCGUAAAGAUUAUAUUAGUACUAAAUAUUUAAGUCUAUAUUUACUAUUUAGUAGUUAGUUUUUGUCAUUUCUUAUUGUAUUUUAAAUAUAUUAGUAGAUUAGGAAAUUUUAAUGGAAAAUAGUCAUGUCCUGAGGGGUGAGGUGUAUCGUUUAUGACGCCAUGUACAAAUUUGUUUCAGCGGCCAUAGAUUUUAUUGUUUUAUUUUAAUUUACCUAACUGAAUAAUUGAAUGUUAAUUUAUUUAAUAUUGUUAUAUACGCUGUUCUUCAGAGUACCACAUAGAUAUUGUCGAACAGUUUUAAAAUAUUUAUGGGAAUUUGUAUUUCAGCCUUGCCUCGCUGCUUCCGAUGUGUAAACACUUCAGGUUAGAGUUCCUUUUGGUUAACUUAGCUCGUACAUUCCUUCGUUAUUGGUUGACACUGAAUAUGUAUUUUAUUUUAUUUAUUGUCGAGGUAGAAAUUCUUUCCACUUUUGUACCCAUCUUAUUGCGAUGAUGAUUCUCACUUCAAGUGCCUAUUUCAUACAAAAACAUCAAUCAGAAAACAAUUAGUCAAAUCUUUCUCACUAACAACUUUAAUGUUAAUCUCGUGUUUUUUAACUUACUUGAACUGCCUUUAAUAUUUGUGAAAUUGUGAAAUGUGUUGUGAAGUAUAUGUUUAGUGCAUCAGCCAGAUGUUUAUGCAGUUGAACAGAAUUUCAAACAUUCAACAUUUGGAUCUGUCUUCUGUUAGACGAGACUACAACAUUUCCAAUCUGUUGUUGUAUUUAAAAAGUUGACAGUUUUUUGGUAUUUACCAAAUGCUUUAAAUACAUGUGAAAAAUUAUCUUGCGAUGAACAUUAUUUAUGUCUGUAAAUAAUUUAAUACUCUUAAUAAAUUUAUAAUCGUAUAAUAAACAUCAACAUAAUUAUUAUGCACCAAAUCACGAACUGUCAACUUGAAUUUACAUGUGGAGAAAUAUUUGAUUGCUUUUAUGUGUGUGAAAUAUUGUUUGAGAGAUUUCCCCUUAUAUCAUACAUAUAUACAUAUAAAAUAUUGAUAUUUCCAUGUAUAACGUUGUUUGUUUGUUACCUUGUACAGGUGAGGUGCGUCACGUGUCCGCCACGUCAUUUCUCUGUGUGUCCCCAGUGUCCCGAACCCAGUAGUUAAAUAGUUCGUGCAAUAACUAAUUACUGUCAUUUAUCUAUGUCGUUUACAUCAAUAUCAUGUGUUAAAUUUUGUCUGUGUGGAAUUUAUUUAUAGAUUUUAAUAAAUAGUAGUAUAAGAUAUAUCUCUAUAAACUGACGUUAAGAAAAUCGUGCAUUUCCAACGGUGCAUCAGAAAAGUAGCAACGGCUAAAUUGAUUACGCGUGUAUAUUCAGUUUGGAAUGAAUUUAUUCAAUCUCAAAUGCAAUCGAAUCGCAAUACCUAUGAUGUUAGAAGCACAAAUAUAUGCGUGAAUCGUGGAGAGGUUUUCAUUCUGUUGUCUUCCAUGGGACGCACAGAAAACUCGCCACUAUAUGCUCCCAUUUGGAGCGCUAUUAUGCAUUCUCUGGCAUACUGAUGUAAAAUUGGAAUUCAAUACGCUUAAACUUAGCGUAAUUUUUUAUAAAUUAUACUAGUCAUUGGUGUCUAAUGUAGAUUGUAACCUGACAGCACAUUGGAAUGGAAAAAGCUCCAUAUCUUCACGUUCACCUUAGGUGUAAGUUAUCAUACAGUACCUACCAUGUGAGUAAGCAUAUCAGUGCGGUAGCCGCCGCGCGCCGCCGUCCCCCAUGUCUAAUAAUAUUGCACCACAUAAAGUAUGUACAUCCGGUAGCCAGUUGAAAACUAGUGCCGCUUUUCACGUCAUGAGCUUACCCUGUACAUUUAUAAAAAUUAUGUAUCGUAAAAUGUUAGAAAACUGAAUUAUAUUUGUUUGUAGAUCUAUAA